AUGUUGUGGCCAGUAAACUUGACUACGAGGGCAAUUAGUCGAUUGCAAUUUUUACAAGGGAAACACAAAGGCUCAAAAAACCUACUAAUAACUGUUUCUGGAGGUGGGUGUUCUGGAUUUCAGUAUAAUUUUGAGCUUAUUGAUAAUACUGAGACCAAAUUUAGGGUAAUUUAUGACAAAGACCUAAUAAAAGUAUUAAGCAAUGAUGAAAGUUUGUCUAUAAUAUCUGGAUGCACUGUAGAUUAUAAGCAAGAACUUGUUGGAUCCAAAUUUGUCUUAGAUAACAUAAAAAAUACUUCGAGAAAGUGUUCCUGUGGAAACUCGUUCGACUUAGAAGAAUAA